UUCAGUUGAGUUUUAGAAGCAGGUGCACAACGAACGUUAUUUUUUUUUCUUCCGGCUCGGUUCAUUAAUUGGCUGUGCCCCUUUUGGUGACUUAUUCUGUGAGUCAUACUUUUGUGAUUUAUAGAAACUGUUAAGUGUUUCGAAUAAGUGCUAAACGUUUCUGGUGUUACGUGAGAGUUGUAUUGUGAAAUAAAGGACGUUAAAGGAUUAUGUUGCCCUGAACAACGAAGAAAGAUUAAGUCAUAAAACAUGACCUCCACGAUCGUGCUAUUUACCGCAAUACUUUUGGGAGUGCUGGUGCCUAACCAUGGACAGGAAAAUGUCCAAACGCGAGUGGCUCCGUCCUUGCUGGAAUGUUACGAAAAUGCGAACAUUUUCGAACGCGAUAAUCGACUCCCGAUGACGAUGAACAUACUGAUUGAGCUGAUCCGCAAGGUUGAAGACUCCCCGGAAUUCAACCAGGAUAUGCGCCAGCUUUCCAUUGCACUGCUACAUCGAUUCCGCCAGGACGGUAUUGUGAGGGCUUCCGGUGUUCAGAACAUUCCUGGUGUGCUUCCGUUCAGCCCGGUUGGGUUCCAUUUUACCAAACAUAGGAUUCUAUUCUCGCGACUUCUUCCGGGAAAUGCUCAGACCUUCCCAAAUGCUACGUUGACUGCGCAGGAGAGGUGUGCGCUCCACUUCAUGCUGUCCAGCUCGAUUGAUAUGUCGGUUCGCGGCGAUGAGAACGUUCGUUGCGCUCAGUUGUCUCAGUACCGCGCCGCUCGGGUUCCCCGAGAGAUCAGCUCCAUAGGCCAGAGCAAACUGAAGUCCAACUUCCUAGGAGACAUCGAAAUGUUGAGCCAACCGGAGAUGAACCAGAUACGAAAACAGAUCAAGAAAAUGAAACAUUCCGCCAGACUUGAAAUGGAUCCGGAAGAAGAGCCAUUGGAAGCGGAAACCGAUAAUCCGGAAGCAGCCGCCGCCGCGGAAGAAGAACAAGAAGCAGAAGUCUCAGAUGUAGAAACAAAGGAACAUAGAGAACUUACUGACGAUGCCGGGCUAGUGGAUAUUGCUACAAAUGCCAUCAGCGCCUGUCCAGUUGAAAACGGCGUUGUCUACACCAGAUGGGGAUCGCUUGCGGCCGGGACAGUUCUUGCCGGAAUCGCUGCCGGCCUUGAACCGCAAACAAUACAAUUGCGGGAUUUGAUUCAUCCACGUAGUUCGCCUUACCGUGCUCGUCAACAGGUGACACCAAUGCGUGUGGAAAACCAGUGGGCAGCAACAUUAGCAGGAGAUCUCUCCGAAGUGACGUUACUGCAUUUCCCACCACAGCCAGCAAACAUUCAGGUAGGAGCUUCCGGAGCAUGGAAUUCGACCGUUGCGCCACGAUGGUAUUUCCUCAGCCAACGUACCGCUCUGGAGAUGACCGAUGCGGAAAUUCGUGCCGGUAUCGACGGUCUGGCUCUGGCCACCAACAUUAUCGAGUGGCGCAAUCGGUUGAACACGCUUCGCCUCAGUCAGGUGUUGGACAUGUACUACUCGCCGCGAGGAGUUUUCAACCAAAGUAUGCGCUCAUGUAACAGAAAUGAUCUGUUCACGACGGUGGCUCCGAUUCAGACGAUGCGGGAUCAAGCAACGGCGUUCAGCAACAUCCUGGAAAGGGAAAUGCAAAUGGCGGUCACCUUGCAGCAGGAUACGAUCGUACAGUUGUCGGCAUCAGCUGCCGACGCGUUGGCUACCUAUGUCCCUUCCUCCUUAAAUGACUUAUCGUGUGAAGCCACAGCCAUAACCCCCAAUGAUCGUACGAUCUGGAGAACAGCUGCCGAUCUAUUCAUUUACGUUGAUUCUCAAUGGGCUUUCCAAGAUGUCUAUUCAGUCGUUUCACAUCUUCUGGACGAGCUGGAUGUUGGCCGCUUCGGCACAACGUAUACCAUUCUGAAUGCCUUCAACGGAGAAGUUCUCGUCAAUGCCACACAAUUUCUGGUGGAUUUCCACACAAACUACACCCACGCUCUCCAUAUUACCCAACCAGCUGGUCUAAACCUCCCGACCGUGCUGCGAUCGGUUCGGGAGCAAAUCAACCCGAUUAUGUUGGCCGAGCGGCAAAACAACAGCAUGAGUGGUCGCUCGAAGAUUGCUCUUAUCAUCCCGAACACGGCUACCGUCAGUGAAGGGGACUCCAACUUUGCCAUCGAACGUCUGCAGAUUUUACGCGAGGAAGUUCCGGACCUGCGAUUCCUGUACUUGGCCGGUGGAAGUUCGUCCCGGUUCAAUCAGUUCGUCGAGGAAAGUCGAGAUGUCUUCCAGAUGCGCGAGGUUGGCUCGGGAGCUGUGAUCGACAAUGUGAACGUGCAGACGACUCCGGUCAUUCAACGCAUUCAACAGGAACCCAGACGGAUAGUCAACCCCCGCUGCGGUAACGACUGGAUCCAGUCCACCUGGGGAUCCAACACGAUCAAUCAGUACGUGGAACCACAGGGCAUCGUAUUCUAUCGGCUGCGACCGAAUUACUUCUUCCAGCAGGCUGAGACCCGAAGGUUGAGGAUUCAGGGAAGCGGGUUCGCUACGAUAACCGUCUGCCAUUCCAGAUGGGUUCAACUGCCGAGGUCUAACGCUACGCAGAAUGCCGAUUCGAUUACCUGCCGUACGAUUGGAACGGAAACGAUAGACAUUGAUUUGUCCAACGCAUGCGACGGCCACUCGGUAAUCCACACCUGUCAACCAUUGUUUUUCUCGGUCGAGUUCACCCAGCUUACCGAGGUGACCAAUCUGCGAUGCACCGAGCGUGAGUGUCGCUUCCCCGAUAGUGCACGGUUCGCCGUUGUGGUGGAGAAUCUGGGAUGCUUUAGCAGUGCCGGGCAAGUGCUGGGCUCGUUGGUACUGCUGUUGGCUGCCCUGAUCAGUUUGUUUGUCAGACAAUAAUCGAAUGCGGUGACGUUAAAUAGAAUUGCUCCAAAAUUCUAUAGCAUCUAGAGAACAUCAAAAACUAUCUUAGGGAACUACAAUGACAAAGAAGAAUGUGUUUCGUAAAGCUAUGCGGCAUAAUGUUAAUAUAGUGUACCGUUUAACAUAAAACAGAAAAUAAACAAUUAGAUUAAGGAAA